AUGUGGCUCGCGGCGUGGAAGCGCGUCGGCGAGGUCUUUUACCAGUUCGAGUCCAAUACGAACCAGGACAACCUGCGCGUGGCACAGAAGACCAAGUCGUGGAACUGGUCCAAGCAGGUGCUAGAGAGGGACGAAGGCAAAGCAAUGUCGACCCUCGACCUGUCGUACGACGUGGGCGUCAUCGGCAACCACUGGGCCAUCCGCCUGGACGACGACACGUCCGCGAACGCGAUGGAACGCGUCUGCACGGGCCAGCACAUCGCCACGAACUCGCUGUUCAUUAACAUCGCCCGCCUGCUGUGGACGUUCGCCUUCUGCCAGGGCUUCGAUUCUCGACCGCUGCCCUUCCCGGCGUCCUUUGUGGUGCGCAGCCCGCAGCACAAGAAAGUCGUCGAGGAGGCCUUCCGCGACAGCGAGCAAGACGACGAUGUCCUCCUCAACGGCAUUCAAGCGAUCAUCGUGAAGUCCCGGUCAUCGCGAUGGCCACAGCAGCGGACUGUGGUCCGUGGAGAACGAGGAGGGUUUCUCAUUGGAUUCGGAACCAUGGACCACUUACCUCGACCCAACGACCCCGUCAUUGAUAUCGAAUCUUUCUACAUCCCGUUCCUCAGCCACGACGAAUACGACGGCAAGGGCCUCAAAUUCUACCCUGACCGCAAGGGAUGGACUUACAAGAGUGAACCCGGGCAUGUGACGUUCGAACACCACGGCGAGAGAGUGUCCAAUGGCACCCAGAUCGCCUCCUUCCUCCAGACCUGGCUCUACUUUGGAUUCCUGUCAGAAGUGACCGGCCAACUCGUGGAUUCGACGCAGUUUCGCAAAGAAACCACCAGUGGCAACGUGCGGGUCGAUUCGUCCUGCCUCGCCGACAUCGUCGGCUCGUGGAGCAAGCUGGUCGUCGAAGAGAGCUGGUCGUCAGACCCCGCACAGAUGCAACCCUGGGUCGACCAUCGCUAUGGUGCGCUCUUCCACGUCCGUGAGAUCAUCGUCAACACGGCGGCCGCCGAGUCGCGGGUGAUGCCCCGUGAAUUGAUGCUGGUCUGCCUAGGCAUAGCCGUGCUGGGGGAGUACGUUGAUCAAGCUCUGACAGAGGUAUGUCGGCACAAAGGUCUGCAACCUCCAGCGACACAGAACUGGUGGUCUCUUCUACUCCCCAAUUCCCCCGCCGAUCCGCUCCUCGACCUCAUGGAAGCACGAGGUUGGUGUCCCAACAGGAUUGUCGGAUUACAGCUUCGGGACCCCCGGUCGCUCGGCAUGCUGUGGUAUUUUGCGAACUUGGCGCCUCCAAAAGCGCACGGGGAGCAUCUGGACUGUACGCCGGAACUGUGCACUCUGCUGCAGGUGGAUUUACAGCGCUACGAGACAUUGCACGACGACAAGCUUUGCCGUUGUCCCUUUCAAGGCCCACCGGCAGAUACCUUAGCAGCUGCUACAGAGAAGGGCAUAGUUUCACUGGUCACCGUUGCUAAGCACCCUGUGGGUUCUACCAAAGUGCACGUAACACUUCGAGAGCGACGGGAAGAUUGUGCAUACGUCGCCAUCUCUCACGUCUGGGCAGACGGCAAGGGCAACCUUUCAGCAAACACUCUCCCGCAAUGCGUGCUGCGCGACCUCCAGAACUGCGCAAACGCACUCUCUUCCCCAGGCGUGCACGACGACAUGCCGUUCUGGAUCGACACGCUCUGUCUCCCGCGCGAGCCGCUCGAGCUACGAAGAAAAGGAGUGGCGUUUCUGAGCGAUGCCUUCCGGUAUGCCACGCACGUGCUCGUCAUCGACUCCUACCUGCGCAGUUUUCACGCCCGGUCGAUGGCCCCGAUCGAGGUUCUUGCCCGGAUUCUGUCCUCUGACUGGAAUCGACGGCUGUGGACGCUGUCUGAGGCGCGCCUCGGCCGACGCGUCUGGGUGCAGUUCAAAGACUACGCCGUUGAGAUUGCCGGCGUCAUCGAGAGAUGGAAGAACACCGCGACUCGAAUUCCUUGCCUCCCGUCAAUUCACGUCGUCAACCACAUCAUCGAGCACAUGGCAGUCACUACACCCAUGUCCAAAGUGCGUGCUGAGACUACACUGCGGCAGAUCCCACAACUGCGCCUCGCGCUGCAAACGCGGACCACGACUUGGGGAUUCGACGAGCCCAUCUGCCUGAGCACCGUCAUGGGUGUGGACACGCGCAAGGUCGUCGAGGCGCCGAACGAGCAGAAGAUGCAGGUUCUCUGGAGUCUCGUUUCCAAUAUCCCAGCCGGCCUUGCGUUCUCUCCCGCGACACGGAAAUUAUCGAAUUCCGGCUACCGCUGGGCUCCGAUGUCCCUCAUGGGCGAUCUCAAAUUGAAGCACCCGUGGGGCGGCCCUGAAAAUCUCACUGCGCGACAUGAUGCGAAGGCCACGCCACGCGGACUCGAGGUGAAGCUCCCCGGGAUAUUGUUCAAGGCCAGCAGCAUAACCCGCGGGCUUUUCAGCGAGAGCGCAAAGAGCACCAUCUUUCGUCGGUUCCGGAACGACUUCCAGUCCUUUGUUCUGCGCGAUGUGGGCGGAUACUGGUACCGGAUUACAUUGGGAAGACACAGGGAGAUGUCGAGGUGGCAUCAGGACCCUGCUUCGAUGGACGUUUGCGAUGACGAGCCCGCCAUCAUCCUCGACUCAGCCCCAACACACAGGUCCUUUGUGACGAAGACCGAUGUUGAGGUGCGCCCUGUCGGUGGCGCUCUGCUGGUGACCUAUCCUCGAUCCGAGGUCGGGGCCCCGGUCCUGCACGUCAAAGCGCACACGCACGCCGUGGUGAGUGUCGAGUCUAAGCUCAAAACCGCCAUCUCAGAGAAGUACAGGGUCUUUUGCGAUAACCUCAGUGGGAGGCUCUCGGACGGAGCUUUUCGCGCCUCGAACAAGGGACACGACGAACUUCGGGCCUCGUUCGAAGACUAUGCGCGAAAAAGCGGCCUUCUCGACCUUGAGCUGGAGGAGUGGCUCGGCUCGGGAUGGUAUGUCGAUGAGCAUCAAGUUCUCGAUCUGGUUUUCGACCGGCUGGGGGGAUUCAUCGAUAUAGGCCCGUAUUGUGAAGUGUACACCGCCCCGGAGUUCACUGUUUGGUGUAUUGACUGA